CCGCCCGAGUCCCCGCUGAGGAGCGCGUCGGCCGGCGGCCCAGCAGCGCCGCGGAGCGGGAGCCGAGCCGCGAGCCGGCGGGCGGCGGGCGGGCACAGGCGAGCCUACCAUGGCAGACCAGAGGCAGCGGUCCCUGUCCACGUCUGGGGAGUCGCUGUACCAUGUGCUCGGGCUGGACAAGAAUGCGACCUCAGACGACAUCAAGAAGUCCUACCGGAAGCUCGCCUUGAAAUAUCACCCUGACAAGAACCCCGAUAACCCCGAGGCUGCAGACAAGUUCAAGGAGAUCAACAACGCGCACGCCAUCCUGACGGACGCGACCAAGAGGAACAUCUACGACAAGUACGGCUCGCUCGGGCUCUACGUGGCCGAGCAGUUUGGUGAAGAGAACGUCAACACGUACUUCGUGCUGUCCAGCUGGUGGGCCAAGGCGCUCUUCGUCUUCUGUGGGCUGCUCACCUGCUGCUACUGCUGCUGCUGCCUCUGCUGCUGCUUCAACUGCUGCUGCGGGCGCUGCAAGCCCAAGGCCCCCGAGGGCGAGGAGACCGAGUUCUACGUGUCGCCCGAGGACCUGGAGGCCCAGCUGCAGUCUGACGAGCGGGAGGCCUCGGACGCGCCCAUCGUCACCCAGCCGGCCUCCGCCACAGAGACCACCCAGCUCACGGCUGACUCCCACCCCAGCUACCACACCGACGGGUUCAAUUAGGCCAGAGCAGCUGUGAUGAGAGGACCGGCCGGCGCCCGGCCGCUGCACCCCCAGCCAUGAACUGUAGUCGGCCCCACCCGCCCGCCGCCCAGGCGUAGCAUGCAGUACGUAAAGCAGUGUCGCUGCAGUCUCCUGUCUCCUUUUGUGAUAGCAUGUGUGAGUCACGCUCCGUGUCUGUGUCGUGGACGUGCCCGUGGUGGGGCUGCCGGCCGGCGGGCCGGUGCAGCCAGGGCCGCCCCGCGCCUUCCCGCUCCGUGCUCCGGGCCGGGGGCGGCUGCUGCCCGGGGUGGGGCCCAGCGGCGUCUGUGCAGGACCCUGGCCCCCUGGCCGCACCGCCAGGCUCUCCCCAGGGCGAGGGUCCGUGUCUGAGAGUGAAGCCACGUUCUGUGUGCCGUGUUCCCCGGGGGUCCUCGUCGCACCGUACCCCCUGCUGGUGGAGGAGGUCGUCUGUCUGCGUCCCUGUCCCUUUCCCAGGCCAUGAGCUGCACCCACGGGGCUGUCCCCCACAUUCCUUCCAGCGGGCCUGCCCCUCACGUAGACUCACAGACAUAGCCCCGGCCCCACCAGUCGUAGUCAGAGCCUGGGAGUCCAGCCUGUGGCCUCGUGGGACAUCAGCACGCGCCUGUGACAGACAGCCCCAGCCCUGCCUGUGCUUGCCCCGCCUCUCCCCCCGCCCCUGCCCCGCCCUGUCCCGCCAGUGGCACCCGGCUCCCGCAGAAAGGACCAGGGAGGCCGUGGUGCAGGCCGGCAGCUGGACCUGGGACUCCCUGUAGGAACUGGAUGUUAGUCUCCUGUGUCGCAGACCUUGUGGGCGGCACGCAGGUGGCACCAGCGGCCUGUGCCGGCGUUGCUUUUGGCUGCUGGCUGCGUGGCCGAGGUCAGGUGGCCCUGGGCGUUACCAGGGCAGAGCUGAGGGGAGUGGGAUGUGCCGGCGUAGGGGCCCGGCUGGGGCCCAGCCACACACAGCUUCAUUUGUCCCAUUCUGCUUUUGUUUUUUAAACAAAUGAUCGUUAAAGUGACCACGAAAGCGUUGAGCAGUCGGGGAAGAGAGCAGCAGGCCCCGUCUCCUGUGUGGAAUUUGUAAAACGAAAUGAAUCAUGUAGAAUUUGUAAAACGAAAUAAAUAAAACUGUUCUCAA